UCAGCUGGUUUUUAAAUUGUAAAAAUUCAAUCUCCGCAUUCUUAUUCAUAAGCAAAUAGUAACAUCAACUUUUCAAAUAUUUCGUUGAAUUCUAAUGAAACUGUACUUAAAUAAUCUAGGUUUAAAAUCUCUAUUUCAUAGGGUGAUUGACCCGUUUCAGAAUGGUUCCAUCUAAAUUCUAAUGACGCAAACCAAAAUUGUAAACAUAAACAUGGACGAAUACGGGGAAGGAGUUGUCGUAAAUCCGGUCAAGAGCAACUUUUCUGACGCCGAAAUGAGAGAAUCGGAGCGCCAGGCCGAGGUCAAACAUCGAGAGCAGAGACUGAGGCAGUUUCUGGGCCCACUUGAGGGGUUCAUCAUGUCCGUUCAGAGCCUUCUUGUGUGGGAAAAACCAGCCCGUAGCGCGGUCAUGGUGCUGUGUGUGAAUGGGUUAUUUUGGUUGGCCGUCACUACGCACUACCGUGCCGUCUUCCUGGGAGCAGUCUCCUGCAUGGUCUUUGUUUCCAUGGAAACUAUACGGACAAAAGUGUGGCCAGAGAUAAGAGUUCCUCGGCCAGAUGACGAUGAUGAAGGUUGGACCCCUGUCCAUGCAAAGCUACUAAGUCUUCCGGAGCUGUGUGAACAUACAGCCAGGUUGUGGGUUACCAUGGAAGGGCUGAAUACCAGGAUGUGGAAGCUCCGCAGAGAGCACCCAUCGAAGUUUUGCCUGUAUGUAUGUAGCUUGUGCCUGGUGAUGGCAGCCGUUGGACAUUACUUCUCAGGGGUCUUCAUAUCCUACCUGAUUGUUACUGGCCUUCUUCUAUGGCCUGCCUUGGAAUACCACAACGUCACAGGUAGUCUGUAUCAGCGUAUCGGGCCAAUACUACAGCAGUUGGACCAUAGUAUCGACAGUCCUCGCCGAGAAAAGAAAAGAGCUCAAAAGAGAGCAAGGAACAGGUCUAAUCCCACCGCUGACACCGACAGCAGCAGCGAUAGUGACUUGGAUGAGUUUUGCCCCACACCAGGGCCAGCAGUUGAUGCAGCACUUGCCCACGCCGCUGGGCGAUCGGCUCGGAAUAGCAGUGGGACCUCAGUGGGUCUGUUUGGGGGUCUGUCAAAAGGACUUUCACUGGAAUUUACCGAUGAUGAAUUCACCGACACUGAACCACCAAGCUACAUGGGUGGCCUUUCCCAAGUCCCAUCCUUCGACAACACAGCCUAUGACCACAGCGCCGAUGAACUAGAAAUAGACCUGCCUUACGACGAUCACCCACCAGUUCCAGGGAAUCCGGAGAAAAGCAAGGAACAAGGGGGAAGAGAAAAACAGAGAAGCCCAGAAGGGAUGCCAUUCGACCCAUCACACUUCCGGGAUUCGACAGACGUGGACGAGGCCCUGGCAGAGGAUUUGGAGUUCCCUGACGUGGAGGCAGAUGGGAAAUUGGGACGGCAAAACUCUAGAGGGAAGCAGACUAGGGAUGAGCCGCUGUUGCCGCCAGGUGCUGCGAUGCUCUUGUCGCACACUGUCACCUCUUUGAUGUCCGACGUCUUGACAAAGCUACAAGACAUGGGCUCCCAAGAUGACAACUCUUCGACUUCGGAACCAUCUCAGGUCCUACGUCAACGAAAGUUGCCCGAAUCUGAAACCAGCAUGGACAGGAAUCCAUCGCCACCGAAACUACUAACAAUGGACUCUGAUUCGACCGACUUUGAGAUGUUGGACAGGGCGGAGCUUGAGCAGGAAGGAGGGCAGGUAGCAGGAGAGAAGAAAGACGAGGCAAAACCGAGGAGAAGUGGUUAUGGUAUUGGGCUUCUAACAUCUUGGCUAAGUGGAAAGAAAUAGAUAUGUGAGCUGAUUUUGUGAGAUGUACAGCUACUCCCAAAUCCAUGUAUUGUAAAACACAAUGUAAAACCACUAUGAGAUAACUCGUUUCAAACAUUGGUUGAAGGGUUUUUGAAUGUUGGUAAGACUUUCACAAUUUUGCUUGUGUGUUAUCACCCUUUUCUUUCUCAAUAUUUGAAAUUAACAAUAUUGCCACAAUUGGAAUGAAAUAUUCAGAAAACAAAAGUGCUGCACGAUGUAAUAUUUUCCCAGGAAUUUCCCAGAAAAUAGUUGAAUACAUAAUAAUCUUAUAGGGUAGAGCAGGCAUUAUUUUAAAAAAUUAACAAUUAUUUUAAGAACGUCAACCUCAAUCCAUGUAACUAAGGUGGUGAAAGAUUUUAUCGGGUAAAAUUGUAGUUUUAAGAAAUACUAAUUCUUAUUCAUUUUAAGUGUUUUACUUGUAUUUAUUGAACAAGUUUCAAUAAUCCUGUCCAUAUUUCUGAAUAAAUAAAAAAGAAACAAGUGGAAACUUUGCGAGACCGUAGAUCAGGGUGCUGCCAAUCGAUAAGUUAUCCUGGUUUUUUUUCUCAGUACAGUCGAACACCUUUAUAACAAGGUCCUUGGGACUUUACAAAUGACCUCGUUAUAUGAGGUACCUUGUAUUAUCAGUAACGGAAAACAAAGAAAAACAAAGACUUGGGACCAAAAGUUUUGCUUGUUAUAAGCAGGACCUUGUAUUAACGGUGCUCUUCUUAUCAGGGUUUGACUGUAUUUCCCAGAAUUGGGACACUGAAACAAAGCUGAUCCUGUCUUUGUAUGUACUUAAUUUAGAUCUUUGGCACAAGUUGGUUAAGCGUAACUUGUAGAAAAAUGUACGAUCGAGUAUUCCACUUUUGCAAGACCUUGAGCAGGCAACCUUGGUUUUCGCAUUCAUGUCAAAAUUUCUCUCAAUAUUUGUCUCAAUUUUCGUUUGAAAAGGUGUAAUCUUUUUUCUCCAGUAUGUCAGACUUUUUAAAAUAUAUUUUAAUACAUUGUUAAAAGGAGGUGUUCAUGUAUUUAAUGUCAAAGUUAUUAGUCAGUCUAGAAGGGUGGUCUACUUCAUGAACUUUCAUUGUUUUAGUUGCACAAAUGAGAUAUUCUAAAGAAUCAGAUCAUAUCGAGUCUCCCCAUCGCCUAUUUUUAAAAUUAGAUACGAGUUGUACUAAAUAUUGUGAAAUGGAUUGCAUUAAAUAGUGAAAUUGAUCAA